UAAUGGCCUGACACUUUAUUCACGCCCCUGCAGCGGCACGAAGUCACGCCGGUAGAUUUUCAGUGUUACGACUCAUUUUCGGGCUAAAUGAAUGUCAGUGUUGUGUAUCUUGACUCAUCUAACGUCUGUAAGUACAUAAACGUAGGAAGAACAUUUAGAAAUGCACGGAUCAUGUUUUUCCAAUGGUCAUCUUUUCAAAUUUAAAUGAAAAUGGCGCGAAUACUACUCAGAGUCGUCUGAAGUCGAGUACGAGAGGGCGCAGCGCGGGGUGCGGGGAGGUGAAGGAGGAGGGAGGAGUGUGUGUGUGGUGUAGCGGGAGCGAGGCGAGACAAAGCAAGCCAAGAUUUGAGGAAGAAUCCUUCCGUUUAUGAGUUCAUGACUUCAGCUGAGGAACAAUGUAAGUGAAAUUUGUUAUUUGUGUCUUUCAACCUUUCGUGUCUUACACGCCGCUAUGUUAAGCUUUUAUUUUCACAAUGCAAUCUAUAUCCCAGCAUGCCUUCGUUUUUGAGGUUAUGUUUUCGUUAUGUUUCUUAUUAACCGGUGGGUUUUGUUUCAGAUGGGGAAAGAUAAGGACCCGGCAUGGAAGCUGGUGGAUUUGGUUCCCCUUCCGAAUCAAGAUGGAAAUGGGCAAGUGAAGAAAGCUGUGUACUGCAAGUACUGUCCUUGGAAGAUGACUGUACCAAAUAUUUCAAGAGUCAAGACACACUUACUUAAGUGUGAACAAUGCCCUGCGGUUAUCAAAACGUCUCUGAAGGGAUAUGCAACCAAUGCCGAUCCAUCCAAUGGAAAUGACAUUGACGACGAUCUACGAGUUUUAUCACCAUCUUCUUCCAAUUCUUCAAGACCUCUUUCUGCAUCCAGCAGUGGCAGUGCCAACACUGAGGGUCUUCAGUUUUCUUCACCGCCCAACCCAACUACAUCGGCUUCAGCAUCGAGAAGUCUUCUCAGCAGCCCCAAUGGAGCUGGUUCUUCGAAGAAGUCUGUGCUUCAUUAUAUGGAUAGUAUGACCAAAGCAGAACAAGAGAAAUGUAGUGCUAAACUUUGCCAGAGCUGUUUAUGCAACAAAUUGCCCAUUUGUAAUGCUAGAGCACCCACUUUGGAAAGACGCGUUGCAGGAGUUACGCCCUGCUUUCAAUCCCCCUAAAAAAGAUGUAGUGGGAGGGAGGCUUCUUAAUGCUGAGUAUGAUACGGUUAUGGUAGGUGCUGCAGAGAAAAUUAAGAGUGCUACGCAUUUGGGUAUUGCUUGUGAUGGAUACAAAAACAAUAAUGGAGAUGGUUUGUUAAAUUUUGUUGUUUUGACACCUGAGUCUGUAUUUUAUAAGACAUUAGAAUUAAAAGACAAACGAGAGGACAGCGAAUUUGUUGCUGGUGAAUUGGAUAAGCUGAUUAUAGAACUAGACCCUCAGAAAGUUGUAAUUAUUAUCACUGACAAUGUUGCUUAUAAUGUUGUAGCAUGGGAAAUAAUCAAAGCAAAAUACCCUCACAUUGAAACUGUUGGAUGCUCUGCUCAUUGUUUAAAUUUACUCAUGAAUGAUAUUGGUAAACUGCGUAGCUUAGUAAAGCUUGAAACAAUGGCAAAAGUUCUGUGUAAGGGAAUAAGAGGUAGUAGGAGGGCUUUAGCUUUUUUCAAACAAGAGCAGAAACGGCUUUAUCAAAGACCACACUCCAUCAAAUUGCCCAGUGCAACAAGAUUCUGGGGUAUUGUGAUAAUGUUCGAAUCUAUUUUAGAAAAUAAGAGUGCAUUGCAAUCCACUGUUCUAGAAGCUACAACUGACCCUCACCCAAAGGACCCAGAGGAAAAGAAGAAGUUUUAUCUUCGUAGAAAAGUUAAGAAUAUAGCUUUAGACGAUGAAUAUUUCUUUACUAGGCUGGCUGAAUGGAUAAAUGCAUUGAAACCCAUUGCUCAUGCUAUAGAAGCUAGUGAGUCUGAUUCUGCUUUACUUUCUGAUGUGCCAAAGUAUUUUUGUGAUAUUUAUGAGAAAUCUCUUGGUGCAAUGGAAUCAUCAGGGUUAAAGAAACUUGUUCCUGCUGUUAAGAAACUCAUUAAUAAUAGGAAAUCAUUUGCAUGCAAAGCUGUGCAUUAUGCAGCUUGCUUGGUCGACCCAAGAUAUAAAGGGGCUUUUCUAACUCCAGCAGAAAAAAUAGAAGGCUCUGAAUACAUUGCAAAUCUGUGUGACACCUUGAAUUAUUCUCAAAAAGAGAAAGAAGAAGUUUUGGGCAAUCUCACUGAAUUCAGAGGCAAUGCAGGUAUUUGGGCAAUGAAUUCAGUUGCUAACUCAUACCAUGGUGUGCAUCCAGCUCUAUGGUGGAAGACCACGUGCGAUGACCAGCCCCUCACACCUAUAGCGGUGCGGCUGCUGACCAUGCCGUCAGCCAGCGCUUCUGUAGAGAGGAAUUGGUCGUGCUAUGGGCGAACGCACACCAAAGUUAGAAACCGUCUUCAAAAUGUCAAAACUGGGAAGUUGGUUGCCAUCCAAAUGAAUCUAAAAUAUUCUCUCCCACGGCAUCUACUGAAGAAGUCCCCAAAGAAACGCCCACGCUCUAGCUCCUGCCCACCAGCCCCCACUUCUGGAGGUGAAGGAGAAGGAAACGAAGCAGGGCUCGAAGUCAGUGAUGAGGAAGAGGAUUUCUUUGACUACCAGACCGACGAGGACUCCUCUGGUUCAGAGUGGGAAGACUGUUCAGAUGAAGAUGGUGAAGAUGAAAACGACGAGGACGAUUUGAUUAGCUUUCCGGACGUGGACGGGCCAGGCCAAGAGGGGCAAGAAGACCAACCCCUACAGGAAGAAGUCAGGGUGCCUGUGCCUGCCGCCAACACCGGCAACACCAGAAAGAGAUCUGCUACCGCUGCUACGCCCUCAGAACAACCACCUAGGAAAAGCUCCAGGGUGACCAGGUCCUCCAAAAACUAAAACUUUGUAAUUCCAGACUGUCUGUAACUCGAAAAUCUGUAUAAUUCAAGAAUAAACUUUAAUUUCUUUGUUC